AGUACCUCUUACCUGUUACACUUUUCUUUCUAGCAGUCAUGGUGAAUUUCGCCCAAGCUGUGCGUGAACACUGGGUUCACAUCCUUGUUCCCUUAGGAUUUGUGAUUGGAUGCUAUUUGGACAGAUGGAAUGAUGAAAGAUUGUCUGCCUUCAGAAACAAGAGCUUAUUAUAUAAAAGGGAGUUGAAGCCUGGUGAAGAAGUAACAUGGAGAUAGAAGCUGAUAAUGAUAAGGAAGACAUUUUUGUUUGAGUCAUCAUCUUAUCUCACAUAUUGAAAGAACAGGAAUAUGGUUUUUAUCCUGAGAGGAUACUACAGUAAAGGAUAUCUGCAAUUCAUCAGUGCUAGUUUAAUUUGUGAUGUUACUUUUUGAAGUUGAUUUAAUUACAUAAAUAAUACGCGUUCAGGAAUUUCUUUAGUCCAUAAGCAUUGAGAAAAUGUUGUUCCCUACUCUGGAAAAGAGAGGAAGAAUUAUAGAAUAAACUAUGCAAAAAUCA